AUGGAAUCUCCGAUCUAUCAACUUCUUGAUGAGUUUGAUAAGAUGCACUCUCAGGUCACACCUAGUACUUCUGGUUAUGUUGCACCUCGAAAGAAGCCUGCUUCAAUUGGCCGAAAGAAACAACUUGAUGCAUAUGAUGGUCAGAUGCACUCUCAUGUCACACCUAGUACUUCUGGUUGUGUUGAUGUGAGAACACCUCCAAAGAAGCCUGCUUCAGCUGGCGAAAAGAAACGACUUGAUGCACCUGAUGAUAAGGUCGCACCUAGUACUUCUGGUUGUGUUGUUAUAAAAACACCUCUAAAGAAGCCUUCAGUUGGCCAAAAGAAACAACUUAAUGCACGUGAAAUUUCCUCACCCGUGGCAAGUAAAAAGCAAAAGGUAUCCGAGGGGAUUCAUGAAAACAUAGAAGAGUUUAAUGAUGUUGUUGCUGGCACCCGAGUUAAUUACUGGGAAGAGCAAGAGUUGCUACUCGCUGUGCCUAAGAAGGAUAGCCGAGCUUCAGAAGCAGCUCAAAGAAUCGUGCAACAAGAGGAAGAAUUAUUUUUGCAGAAAAACCCAUUCCUAAAGAAAGUGCCACUUAUCAUUUCAAAAUGUGGUAUUAAGCAUUUAAGCAGCAAUGUGGCGCUUUGUCUAUCAGUGUGUGUAGAGUGGAGACUGAGCGGAUUAAUAUGGGAACUUAUAAGACUGUCAAAACAGAGGGCGGAUACUGAGAGGCUGAGACAUCAAACUAUUAUUACCUCAGAUGUGCCACACCAAGUUUUGCUCAUGAACCAGGCAGAGAAGUGGGUGAAGAAACAAGUGGAAGAAGCACAAAAGAUCCAGAAACUCAAUGAAGCAAACAAAGAGGCAAAAGAUGAUAAAAUGGGAACAGUGGCCGCUAACAUUGCCGCCCAUGCUGCUCUUGGAGCUGAUGAUAUAUUUUCUAAAUGGCAACUUAUGUUUGAGCAAGCCCGGCAAAAGCGUGAUGGAGUGGUGGGAAUGUUCUCUGCUGCUCAGUCUGGGGAUGAAGACAGAGGCCCCUCUAGACAAAAAUCAGGUGCAAUGAGGAUAUCUGGUAGAAAAGUUGGCCGUACUAUUUCUGUUAAGGAUAUGAUUGCAGUCUUGGAAAGGGAUCAGCAUAUGUCGAAAUCAGUUGUUCUCUAUUGUCUGUUAGAUAGACUAAGUGGAUUGUGAAGAGGAAACACAUUGCAAUUUACAAACAGGCUAUUCUCUUUCUACCCUCACUCAAUUUCAUGUUUCUAGUUACAUAUCUCAAUAUUGUGCAGUUUCCAUUUCCUUGCAAAAAGUUGAUGAUUUUGAGAUUUAGUUUCUACGUAUUACCACCAUUGCCCUCUAACGCUUAAUCCAUGUUCGUUCUUGUGCCAGACAUAUUUCUUUUCCUUCCUCUUCAUUUUUGGUCCUCCAGCAAUCUGUCAUCACUUCUCUGCUGCCAAGAGUUCACAAAGAGCAGCUUCACCUCUUGGAAUUUUUCGUAGCUGGGAGUUUGAUGCGUGGAAAAGAGAAGGUAAUAAAUUUACAAAUCUAGCAUUGGAGAAAACUGUUUCUGAAUCUAUGCAACAGUGAAUAAUUGUAUAUAUAUUUUUUGAUCGGUAUUAAUAAUUGUAAAUAUACAGCUGUUAAUAACAAUUCAUCAAAACAC